ACUAACAUAUGAGAAUAUGGGUUUUACUACAGCUCCAUACGGCGCCGUUUUAGGGAUUGAAGAUGCUGUUGGCUUAAUACACACUCACGAUCACUUAUUACCCUCUUCUUCUUCUUCUAAUUCUUCUUCUUCUCUGCCUGUUGAGCUUUUGCAGUCUCUCUCUUCUGAUCUUCACAAACAAACCCUUGAAAUGGAUUGCUUUCUUCAGCUCCAGAGCAAGAGAUUGAGGAGGUCAAUCCAGCAGGAAGAAGCACGGCGGCAAGCGUACAUAAUGCAGGAAUGCGAGUCCAAACUCACAGCCCUGAUGCUGCAGAAAGAAGAACAAUCCGCCGCCGCGAGAAGCAGAACCAGGGAGCUCACCGAAACCCUAAAAAUGGCGGAGAUGGAAGCCAGGGCCUGGCAGAAGAUCGCCGCCGAGAAAGAAGCCGUCGCCACCGAUCUCAACAACAGGCUGAUGAACAUGGAAUACGAUGCCAUGUCGUUCUGCGGCUCCUCCUCCCCCUCGCCGCCGCCCGCCGCCGGAAAGAUGGAGUGUAGAUUGUGCGGAGGUGGAAGAGUGUGCUGCGUUGUGUUCUUCCCUUGCAGGCAUCUAUGCUGCUGUAAACAAUGUGAACCACUUUUGGGGCACUGUCCUUUUUGCUGUACAGUCAAAGAAGCUAGUUUGGAGGUUUUCUUGGUUUAGAAUAUCAUCUUCUUCUUUUUUUUAUUUGACUGUGUGUGUGUGUGUGUGUGUUUAGGUAUUAGGUUGAAUCGGUACGUUCGGAAAAAAAAAUAGGAAUUUUUGGAAACUUGUAACGAACAGAAUCGGAUUUUUUCUGUUUGGAUAUGAAACGGUGAAGUUCGGUGAAAUUCCGAUAGUGUAAGUGUAGUUUUCGAAAAUGAAUUUGAAGUAAGUAUCGGAAUUUC